AUGUCUAACAUGAUGAACAAGUUCGCUGAAAAGCUACAAGGUAACGAUGAUUCCCACGAGAAGGGCAAGAACGCACAAUCCUCCAAGAAGGAAAAGAGUGACAUGAAAAUGGACAUGGGCAUGGGUCAUGAUCAAUCUGAAGAGAAAAGGAAUAUGGGCAUGGCUCGUGAUCAACCUGAAGGGAAAAUGAACGCUGGCAGAGGUAUUGCAAACGAUUGGAAGACAUAUGAAAAUAUGAAAAAAUGA